UUCCUACUAGCUGAACGAUGUCAUUUCCCGGAAGAGACAGCUAAGAUUGGGCCAUUCUCUUUAGUGUUUGCCUUGUCUGCCUUUCCCCCACCUCUUCACUAGAAACAUUUUGAUCCAAAAUCACACGGAAAUCCUACACAAUUGGAACAAAAACAAACCGAUACAACGUAUCCAAAUGGAGUAACAGAACUGCACAGAAAGAUAACGAGGUGAGGUUUAUUAGACGACUCUUCUGACUAGCCAAGCUAGCUUAGCUAGCUAAAUGUUAGCCGGACAUCCAUCAGUUGCUGCAGGAGUUAGCUAACGUUAGAUAGCUAUGCUUGCGGCUUCGGAUCGUUCAUUUAUAAGGUCAGUGCUUCAUAUGUAGCUAUGCCGGAUGCAAACGUUGUAUUGCAAAAUAUAACUAUACUGUAGCUAGUUAUGUUUUCAAAGCACAUUUAAAAUUCAAAUACAAACGCCAUGAGUGUGAAAUGUAUUGACGUCGCCUCGAUAAUUAGAUAAACUUAGCUAGCUAGCCAGCUUGGCUAUCUAGCUUAAUAUUAGGCUAGCUAUCUACCGGUACUUGACAUGCGUGCAAACAAAUGGCACAACCUCAAUAACUUGUAUAGACAACCAGAAUUAAUCAAUGACACUUAACGUUUUUGCAAAAAAUACACCAGCUAGCUACUAGUAGGUAUAGUAAUAUGAUAUGAAACGAAGUUAGCCAGCUUGCCAGACAGAGCUAGUUAGCAAGCUAACUGGCUAGCUAAGUAGUAGCUAGCAGAACACGCCUUACAAAGAACCUUCAAACGACACACUCUUCUAAACUUGUCCUCUUACCAAGUUGGGUAUUAAGUUAUACUGAUUAAGUUAGCCAUAUUGCAGGGAAACAUAGUAAAGAGCUGUCGUUCGAAGGUUAUUUGUAUUGAUGUAUUGCAAUCCAUUCAUUCAUGUUUUAUGUCUGAUGCAAAAUCACAGCACCCAUAUGACCAUUUCAUGCAUGGGUGUUGCAACUUCUUAAUUGCUCUGUCUUGUUGUCACUGUUGGCCGGAAUCAACAAAGGCCCCUGAAAGCCAGUUGUGCAUGGCACUGACAGUGGGCUUUGCUGUAGUCAUGCAAAUGUCGCAUCAUCUCAUAACCUCAAAAUGCAGGUAACAAGCUACCCCAAAACAAACACUCUAAACCAUUCUCUUUGUUAUCCUCUUUUCAGGGAGAGCUUUGCAGUCAUUCACCUCAAAAUCAAAUAGACCCUAAACGUCUAUCGCUGCUGCACUGAAAAGCACCCACCUCAACCUGAGCCUACUGCCUGACUCACCCAAACCCAACCAGCCAGUAUGUCCCAGUUCCAGUGUCCAGGUAACCCUAUGUCCAGCGCUGCUGCCAGCCCCAUGCAGCAGCUGUCUCAGCCCCAGCCAGGGUACAGCAUCCCCUGUGCCUCGAGCCCCCUGCCCUCUGAGAGUGCCAGUCAUCCUCUCCGGAGCUCAGCCCUGCCCUUGGGCUCAGCCACUCCCUUCAGUCCCACCUCCACAGGUCUGUGUGUGUGUGUGUGUGUGUGUGUGUGUGUGUCAAAGCUGUCUGUCGGUGUGUGUCUCUCAAUGGACAUAUCUGUUUUUGUUUGUUUGUUUUUAGUAUCUAACAUGGCAAACCCUAAAGAGAAGACCCCUAUGUGUCUGGUGAAUGAGUUAGCCCGUUUCAAUAAGAUCCAGCCGGAGUAUAAGCUGCUCUGUGAGCAAGGACCAGCUCACUCCAAGGUAACUCAACAACCCAACCACUGGCACUCACUAGCAAACCUAGGUCAUAUUUAUUAGGAUACACUCACUGUAGCAAAAGGUUUUGCAACUGAAAACAAAAACAAAUGUUUUUUGUUGGACAAGUUCAGAUAGUGCCUCACCAUUUCUGGCCUUUUGUGCCUACUGAACAUAACCCUAGAAAGAUCAGUCAUCACUGUGCUUUUUAUGUCUACCUUCCUGCUCUUUAAGACUUAUAACAGAGAUUUAUCCCUAUCUACUUCUCUCUUCUGUCUCUCUGUUUCCUUCCUCCCCCAGAUCUUCUCAGUGCGGUUAUCGCUGGGGGAUCAGCACUGGGAGGCAGAGGGGACCAGUAUAAAGAAGGCCCAGCACUCUGCAGCUUCCACAGCCUUGGCCCAGACCACACUGCCCAAACCUAGCAUGAGGAACAACCCCCGCAACAACACAGGCAAGAACCCAGCACACCGGGCCCUGUGUGGGCAGUGUAUAUAAAUGUGUGUAUUUCUUAUAGAGGCUCUCAGGUCAUCACUUUGAGUUGCUGAGUAUCAUGAUCGGGGAAACAUUGAUAGUCAGUGGCGUUAAGUAGUCUACAUUAUAUAGGGUUUGAGUUUGAUCACUAGGUGUAUUAAAGUUUUGGUCCCUAUUGUUCUGUAAUGUUUUAUGUUUGUGUUUUCUGUUUCUUCUGUGUGUCCUACCACAGUAGACUGCAUGAUGCAAACGGUGGAGCUGAAUUCCCUCUGUAUGAAGUUAGGGAUGAAGCCCAUGUACAAGCCCAUAGACCCUUACCCCGGGAUGAGACCACCCAGCUUCAACUACAACAUCAGGGCCCCGGGGCCUUACCAACGCUCCAUGCAACAGUAUGUCCACUCGUUUUUCUGGGGGGGGGGGGGGGGAUUCAUUGUAAAUCUUCAAUUAAUAGCCCAGGUGUUUAUUGGAGUCCAGUGUAAGGCGAGGAGGCUGGCAUUUAUAUCAGCAUGAUUAGGUAAGUCAGUCAGUCAGUAAAAGCUAUACCUGAGCAUCUCCUGUCUUCUUGGUGUGUGGUCAGGUACUAUUACCCAUUUUCCCCGGUGGGGCCGGUGCUGUACCACAUGGAGCUGAACAUCGGGGGCCAGCAGUUCCACGGAAAGGGGCGUACGCGGCAGCUCGCCAAACACGAUGCCGCCUCCAAGGCCCUGAAGACUCUGCAGAAGGAGCCCAUACUGCUGCAGCAGCUGCCUGAGGUCAGAACUGGGGAGGAAACACUAGGGUUGGAACAGUCUCUGCUUAUUCCUUUCUGUUUCUGGGAAUACUCCAACUGGAAUUCCUGGAAAAAGUUGGGUGAAAGUUUGGGAACAUUUCUGGUAUUUUGCCCACAGGGCAACACCUGCUAUAUGGAUCACUACACAGGUCUGCUUCACAACAUGAAGGAAGGGCACAUAUUUUACUCAAUACUGCCACACAGAGCAAUUCCGCUGCAUCAUAUAGCCACUCUGCUGCAACAUACACAGCUGUCAGAUAGAAUGUUUUGAUACAAACUAUUUAAUUUCAGAUGAAUGGAGAAGACAUAGAAGAGAACCUCAACAAAUCAGAAAUCAGUCAGGUGUUUGAGAUCGCAUUGAAGAGGAACAUGCCUGUCAGCUUUGAGGUAGGCUUUAGACCUGCAUUUGCUCAACUAACAGUCCAGUUAUACAGUGGAACUAAUUAUGUUCUCUCCCCUGAGGAUAUACCUUUCCAAUACUUUUUCUAAUUUUCUUUCCCUAACCUCUUCCCUCCUCUGCCCCACAGGUUCUGAAGGAGGCAGGUCCUCCCCACAUGAAGAGCUUCAUGGUGCGUGUGGUGGUGGGGGAGUUCUGUGGUGAGGGUGAGGGCAAGAGUAAGAAGAUCGCUAAGAAGCUUGCAGCUACAGUGGUGCUGGAGGAACUGAGGAGACUGCCCCAGCUGACCCCAAGUUUGGAGAAGAUGCAGCCGGCACGCAUCAAGAAGAAGACCAAGUCCAUCAUUAAGGUGAGAGGACCAGGGGGAUGAUGUCAGGGAGAGUAGAGUAGAGAGCAGUAGAGCAUCGUAAUUAUCGAAGACUGGAAAUUAGCUUCCUAGCUACCAGUGAAUAAAAGUACUAUACAUCGUAAAAAAAACAAAGGCUUCUAAGAUGGCCAUUGUUCAUUUUUAAAGGGCAACAGAAGGGAGAGGAGGGGUGAUGGGGAAAGCUUUUGGAGGGUUGGAAAAUUGUUUUAUAGGAAUGUUUGUUUUAUAAAAAAAAAAAAAAUUAGUCAUUUAGCAGACGUUGUUAUCCAGAGUGAUUUACAGGAGCAAUUAGGUUUAAGUGCCUUGCUUAAGGGCACAUCGACAGAUUUUUCACCUAGUCGGCUCGGGGAUUAGAACCAGCGACCUUUCGCUUACUGGCACAACGCUCUUACCUACUAAGCUACCUGUUCUUGUGUGUAAUGCCCACUCUCUCCCCAUCUCUCCCCCCCUCCCGCCCCUUCCAGCUGCAGACCAGUCCAGAAUAUGGGCAGGGCAUGAACCCCAUCAGCAGACUGGCUCAGAUCCAGCAGGCUAAGAAAGAGAAGGAACCAGAGUACAGCAUGUUAACAGAGAGGGGGUUGCCCAGACGCAGGGAGUUUGUUAUGCAGGUGAGACAGGAGUCCCUGGGCCUGGCACAUAGCCUACCACUACCUGCUCUUGACCAAAUCAACCCCGUACUCUCGGCCUAGGGCACUUGUGGAGGUCUGAGGGGAUUGGACAGGUGUGAGCAAUAUGGCAAACACGACACCUAGCCUAUCAGAAGGCAAUGUGGUGCUAGCACCAUAGUGUGUAUGCCUAUCUAGGCUAGUCCUCUCAGAUCUCCCUAGUGUCUAUGGUUGAUUUGGGAUUGGGGACCAAUUUUUCUCUCAUUCUGACCUGUGGUUGUGGUCACCAGGUGACGGUGUGUGAUCAGUGUGCGGAGGGCUUGGGCCCCAGUAAGAAGGUAGCGAAGAAGAACGCAGCAGAGAAGAUGCUGGAGCUUCUAGGUUUCAAAGUGCCUCAGCUCCACAAACCUGCGCUCAAAACGGACGAAAAGGUACAGUAGGUCCCCAAAAGCCACCAGAGGCAUCCAAUCCAGACCACUGGUUUAGUUAGACCCCACUCAUGUGCUUAUCUAGCCAGUAGUACACAGCAGAGAUAGUUUGUAUUGACUUGAAUGAUCAUUGAGCCGCCAACUGACGUGUAUUCUUUCUGUUGAUCAUGUGACCCAAGGUUCCACUGAAGAAAAAUGGAGACGGGAGGAAAGUGACCUUCUUUGAGCCGGGCUCUGUGGAGGAGAGCCGGUCGCUGGGUGAGUGGUUCAGGCGCAGGGUUGAAACUACACAUACUUUGAUAUGUACUCAGAUUUAUGCAGUACACUUUGCGUUUGGAUUUGGUAUGAGAGAUUUUACUUACUUGACUUAAACCCUUUUGGCUCUUUGUGGAGCAUAGGUAAUCCACAAACUUCCUCCAGAGUGUUGUGCAGGCUGACAGAUUUAGUAUUUUGGAACAUGGGAUACUUUUACAUUACAUGGGUGUUCCAUUCCAUGUUCUCCUUCCUUCCCUGUGUUUUACAUGAUUAUGUCUCUGGCCACCCCCAUCUCUCAGGUUCCAAGGAGGAGGACUACCGCCUGCCCUUCCUCAGCCACCAGCAGCUCCCAGCAGGCAUCCUGCUCAUGGUGCCCGAGGUGGCCCAGGCUGUAGGGGCCAGCCCUAGCCAGGGGCACCAGAACAAGGACUACGGUCCCCGGGCCAACCACGCCAAGGUGUGUGCCUGUGUUUUAGUUUUUGACAUUAGCCUUGAUGGUAUUAAUUUAGCUCGGCUGUCUUUUACCUCACAGUUUGUAUGUUUAUUUUAGUCCUGUGAUGUUCUCUUUUACUUCUUGAAUCUUUUGAUGAAGAAGUGUCUUUGAUUAUCAAGAUAAGCACUAUGCAAAUAAACAGUAUUGUUAUUAUUAUAUUAAGGCCACUCUGACGGCCAUCAUCGCAAAUGAGCUGCUGUACGCUGGUACCUCCCUGACCGCCGAGACCAUUCUGAAGAGCCAGAACAGUGUGGGUCAUCUAGUACCCCAUGGACCCCUGACCAGACCCUCCGAACUGCUCAGCUACCUGGCCAACGUACAGGGACUGCAGGUACACACACACACACCCACACACGUACGUUAACACACACAAACGCCUACCCCAUGGCUUCCUGACCAGACCCUCCGAACUGCUGCGCUACCUGGCCAACGUACAGGGACUACAGGUAGUCAUAGACACAGGUGCACAUGCAUGUGUGCGCACAUGGACAAACACACACACACACACACACACAAUGAAACUUUUUAUAAAUGCAGUGGUAUUCAAACCUUUUCAGCGGGGACCACAUUUUCUUCCCGCCAGAUAUUCUGCGGAAAUAAUUUUUUCUCCCACUAAUUUCUCGCUACUCCACUCCACCCCACCCCAAUUCUAGUGACACAACCUUAAAAUCGCUAAAUUCUGAUUUUUUUCAUCAACAAAUAACCUUAAAAUGAUCUUUCUCAAAAACGUUAGUAUAUUGUCCCAUACAAUAUGUACACAUAAUUUUUUUUUUGGGGGGGGGGUCUUGACCCCGACUUUGAAUACAACUGUAUUAAUGUAUUCUGUAGUGUUAAAGUUAGUAUUACUAUCCUCUGUUGCUUUUCUUGCAGGUGGAAUACAAAGACUUCCCCAAAAACAACAAGAAUGAAUUUGUAUCGCUGAUCAACUGCUCCUCCCAGCCCCCCCUCAUCAGCCAUGGCAUUGGCAAGGACGUGGAGUCCUGUCACGACAUGGUGAGACUCGCACACAACCACACUGAAGCAGCUCUAGUGUUUAGACCAGGAUCUUGUUCAUUAGGGCACACUGUAGCUAAAAAAAAAAAAUGCUAUGGAAAAAAGCAUAUUGGACAUGUUCAGAAAGUACCUCCCUGUUUCACCUGUGCCCUCUGAACACGACCCUGAUGCUCUAAAUCAGACAUAUACAGGCACAAGCAAUAGGGAAAUUAUGAUAUAGGCUACAUAAAAUAUUCCACAUCCUCCCUCUGUCUACAGGCUGCCUUGAAUAUCCUGAAGAUUCUGUCAGAGCUGGACCAGCACCAGCAGCAGACCAAUGACAGGACAGGGAACGCACCACUCUCUGAUAGGUCAGAUGAGGACCAAUAAGAUAACACUAUUAUUGAGAUUGAAUAAUAACAGUUUAAUAUAUUUGUCUUAUUUUCUAGGGUUGCAAAACUCCAGAAACUUUUCAAAAGCUUUUCAGAAAUCCUAGUUUCCCUCCAACCUGAGAACUUGGUCCGUAUGACUUGGUAACGCUCAUUUGUUUUGUGUUGGGUUUCUGUAGGUGUGGCAAACAGGACAUGGAGGGCAGUGACUCUCUCCUCAUCAAACAGGCUAACUCGAGCACCUUGGGACAACAGACUCUGGAUGGCACUGUGUAGACAGACGCACACCAUUGGUUGUUUGAAAGAAGCACUAAAAGAAAACUAACACUGUGUUCUGAUAGGCUGUUUUAGAAUUCUACAGGAAGCUGAGGGCAGCCAUCAUUAGUGUUUAUAUUAUAUUAAAUGUUCCAAAAUGUUCAGUUAAACAAGAUUGAUAGAAGAAAAAUUACAUUUAUUUCCUCCUCCUUGAUGUUGUUUAAUUGUACAGAUUAUUCAUUCUUUUUUUGUUGCUUGAUAGAAAAAAUUGCUGCAUCAUAUCCGAUAUAAUGGAAUUCUGCUCUGUUGAGAUAAGAUGGAAUAAUGUUUAAUAUGAUAACUGUGAAAAUCAGCUUUUGAGGAGAAGCAUUUUGUCUCUUUUCCCUUUUUUUCUGUAAAUGAGACCUUUCUCUUAUUUUUAAACGUUGUUUUAUUCUUCUUCUUUGACCCUGGAAUUAUUGGGGGGUUGUUAGCAGACCUGGGUUAAAAAACUGAAAUCUUUCAAAUACUUUUAGCUUUAGGAGUGCCAGAUGGGCGGGGUUUGCAGUUUUGCCUCUAUUCCAUUGUUCCAGGCAAGCUCAAUCAAGCCUAGCUGAAGUAUUUGAAAUGAUUUAAAAUAGCUUUUGAACCCAGGUCUGGUUGUUACAAUAGCAUUUACUUGUGAAGUAUGAGACCCCAUAGAAGGAUAGGAUGCAGCUAGCGAACCACUGUUGAUUUUCCUGGAGUGCUUUAUAACAACAACCACCACAAGUGAACAGUGUUUAUCUACAUUACCAUGUAGGGCUACGAAGGUUUUGUGACUAAGUGUAGCGUGUGUGUAGCGUGUGUGAUGUCCUGUGAUUUUGUCUGUCCCAACUGUCAGAGGUGUCGGGGCAGUAUAAGUCUGUGUUGCAUACAGUCCCAGCACGAUAUCCCCACUCUCUCCCCCUAUCGUCCCUCCCUCAGUGUCAAACCACCUCCUCUCUGCUCCCCAUGAAAUGUAAGUAAAACUUGUAUGCUAUCACGCACAAAACUAAA